AUGAUUGGGAAUGGUUUACUUAGAACUAUAAUAUUUCAGUUAAUAUUUUUGAUUUUUUUUGGCAUUUUGAUAUGUGCUUUUCCAAAUCCAGAAAAUAUUUCAGAAGUUUUAAUUCAAAAUAAUAUUAAAAAUAAUGAAAUAAUUGAAGAUAACAUCAAAAAUAAGGAUGAUGAUUCAAAAUUUGAACGUGUUCGCUCAUCAAAUUUAAGCUCUAUUGUGAAAGAACAUAUUGAAAAUAUUAAUAAAUAUUUGAAUAAAUCAGCUGAUCCAUGUGAAGAUUUUCAUGAAUAUGCCUGUGGAAAUUGGCAAAAAUAUCAUAAAAUUCCUCCAGAUCAUGCAUCAUACGAUUUAUUUCAUAAAUUAAAUGAUAAAUUACGACAAUCCUUGCACGAUAUUUUAACAAUACAAACCAAUUUAAUUAAAUCAGAUUCUGAAGAAACAAAAUUUUUAAAGAAACUUGGUGGAUUUCCAUUGUUAGAUGAAAAUUGGUCGGAAAAUACUUUUAAUAUAGAAAAAAUAUUAAUAGAAAUGUCACUUUAUGAUAUGCAAACAUUUUUUGCAGUCUCUAUAUUUCCAGAUUUAAGAAAUUCUGUUGAUUCUGGCAAAUAUUUAAUUUAUGUAUGGGAUAUUGAUUUAGGAUUACCAUAUAGUUCAGAUUAUUUAGAUUCAGAUUAUGAGGAACAAACAAGAAUAAUAAAUGAGACGAAUACAAGAGGAUUAUCAGUUGAAGAACAAUUUAUUCCAAAGACAAUUGGUAUUUUAAAUAAAGAUUAUCCAAAAUUCAAUUGGUCUUUUUAUUUUAACACGCUUUUCAAUCGAAAUUUUACUGAGGACACAAAAAUUAUUUUCUUUACUGGACCAAAUAUACAGGAAACUUAUGACAUUUUAUUUGAAACGGAGAAAAGGAUAAUGGCUAAUUAUUUUAAUUGGGUAGCCAUUAAUAAACUUUCGAAAUAUUUAGUUUGUCAAUUUUUUGAAUGA